AUGGUGAUCACAUCAUCUGUAGACGACAAGACUGUGCCCCCCUGCAGGAUGGUCCAAACGGACCCUUGGAUGACCUCUGGCCUUCUCCGGAAGAACAAGAGUGCGAGCAGCUCAGGAUGUCCUGCCACCUCCUCUUCGUCCUCCUCCUCUUCCUCCUCCUCCUCCUCCUCCACUGCCCAGGGAUUCUCCCUCGCUGAGCCAGCCAUGACGAGCCAGCACACACACCCACACCCCUCCUUCAGCUCCAUCCACUCCAUGGCCGAGCAGCAGCAGGUGCUGUCUGACAUGACCAUCCUGCAGAGGAGGAUUCCCCCCAGUUUCAGAGAACCUGCCAGUGCGCCUCUCCGCAAACUGUCUGUGGACCUCAUCAAGACCUACAAGCACAUCAAUGAGGUGUACUACACUAAGAAGAAGAGGCGAGCUCAGCAGGUGCCUCCAGAGGAUAGCAGCACCAAGAAGGAGAGGAAGGUCUACAACGACGGCUACGACGACGAUAACUACGACUACAUCGUCAAGAACGGAGAGAAGUGGCUGGACCGCUAUGAGAUCGACUCUCUCAUCGGGAAGGGCUCCUUCGGACAGGUGGUGAAGGCCUACGACCACCACGAGCAGGAGUGGGUCGCCAUCAAGAUUAUCAAGAACAAAAAGGCCUUUCUAAACCAGGCACAGAUCGAGCUGCGGCUGCUGGAGCUCAUGAACAAGCAUGACACGGAGAUGAAAUAUUACAUAGUCCACCUGAAGCGUCACUUUAUGUUUAGGAAUCAUUUGUGUUUGGUUUUCGAGCUCCUGAGCUACAACCUGUAUGAUUUGUUACGGAACACCAACUUCAGAGGCGUGUCGCUGAACCUCACGCGGAAGUUUGCCCAGCAGCUGUGCACAGCAUUGUUAUUCUUGGCCACGCCUGAGCUGUCAAUCAUCCACUGCGACCUGAAACCAGAGAACAUCCUGCUGUGUAACCCCAAGAGGUCCGCCAUCAAGAUCGUGGACUUUGGCUCCUCGUGCCAGCUGGGACAGAGGAUCUACCAGUACAUUCAGAGCCGCUUCUACCGCUCUCCAGAGGUGCUGCUGGGCAUGCCCUACGACCUGGCCAUCGACAUGUGGUCCCUGGGCUGCAUCCUGGUGGAGAUGCACACGGGAGAACCGCUCUUCAGUGGCUCCAACGAGGUGGACCAGAUGAAUAAGAUUGUGGAGGUGUUGGGGGUUCCUCCCAGCCACAUGCUCGACGCAGCGCCUAAAGCCAGGAAGUAUUUCGACAAGCUGUCUGACGGCCUGUGGACUGUGAAGAAGAACAAAGACAUUAAAAAGGAGUACAAACCUCCCGCCACACGCCGCCUUCAUGAGAUUCUAGGCGUAGAGACUGGGGGCCCGGGAGGCCGCAGGGCCGGGGAGCCUGGACACGCCCCAUGUGACUAUCUGAAGUUUAAAGACCUGAUCCUGCGUAUGCUCGACUACGACCCCAAGAGCCGCAUCACACCAUUCUACGCUCUCCAACACAACUUCUUCAAGAAGACCACAGACGAGGGAACCAACACCAGCUCGUCCACCUCCACCUCUCCUGCCAUGGACCACUCACACUCCACCUCCACCACCAGCUCUGUGUCCAGCUCCGGUGGCUCCAGUGGUUCUUCCAACGACAACCGCAACUACCGCUACAGUAACCGUUACUACAACUCUGGUGUGACGCACUCGGACUACGAGAUGACCAGCCCUCAGGCCCCGGUGUCCCAGUCCCAGAUGAGGAUGUGGCCUGGCAGUGACAGUGGGGUAGGGGGAGUAGGAGGGGACACGUCCUACACUCAGCUGCUCCUGCACAAGCCCGCUGCGUCCCAGCAGCACCAGCGCCACUUCCUGGACGCUCCGCACCACCCUCACCCCUCGUACCCUCACCGCGGGCCCCGGCAGAGCGGCCAGGGCGGGGCUCCCGGCUCCCCCCAGAUGAGUGACAGCAUGGAUGUGGGUGUGGGCGUGUCCCUGGGGCUGCACCACGUGGAUGCGUCUCAGUUCGGCUCGGCCUCUCUGCCGCUGGGGCUGCCCAUGGGACUGUCCGCCUUCCGGACUCGCACGGCCUCCAACGCCCCUGCACCGCAGGCCCCGCCUCCUGACGAAUACUACCCCACCUCCAACAACAAUAACCCCGGUGCGGGGGGGCCUGGUGGGGGCCGGGGCCGGCCGGACUCAGACGAGGGCCCAGCUAACUCUUGA